GAAGCCGAAGCCGAAGCCGAUGCAGGUUAAGUUAAGCCGAAGGCCCAUCAACGAACAAGCAUAAAACAUGCGAGUGCCCAGGCCCCCCAAACAAUUUUGUGUUACUCGAUCAGGAAGAACAAGCAUAUAGUGUACUCGCUUCCAAUGACUAGGAUGUCUCGCCCCGUGUUGAGAAGCCGUUGGAGUCAAGAAAUCUCGUACCCUGUUUCCGUCUUCUUCGGCUCAACCCACAAACCAUCCAGGCAGACAUGGUCGCUUCGAGGAGGGCUCCAACUGAAUUCGAGAUCCCGACAUUGUUGAUUGGCCUGAUGUUGAAGGUCACAGAGAAGCUCACGCAACAUGGACACCUACUUUUGACCGUUUCCCGCUUGACCCACAAGGUGGUACUCUCGUUUAGCGACUUCGCAAGCCGACGCUUGUCUGACGGGAUGCGACAAAGAUGUUCGGCUUGAGAAUGCCAACCUGGACGGCUGGAAUUGCUCAGUUAGCUUUAAGAGCGGCCCAGCGCUCUCUCGAUUUCGGUCUUUGGCAGAUCUUAUCAAGCGAUCUGCCCACGCUGAUUUACCAUUCCCUCUGACGAUCCGAGAUGUCGACUCAAAGUACCCCUUCUAAAAAAGUCUCACAGAUCGUGAUGGCGUAUGAUGAAGAGAAAAGUCAACUUCCGUCAUCGCCGACAAGCGACGACGAGACAGCACGAGUCGACGAGGAAGAGCUAAUUAUGGACCAAGGACUUGUCGCAUGGCUUCAAGUUCUUGGAAGCUGGAUUCUGUUUGCUAAUACCUGGGGUUUGACAAACUCAUUCGGAGUCUUCCAAGCCUACUACUCCAACGUCCUUUUACCAGACGCCAACCCGUCGGCUAUUUCUUGGAUCGGCUCCAUCCAGAUCUUUCUUAUGAUGCUCAUCGGUGUCUGCGCGGGUUGGCUUCUCGACGCGGGGUAUCUUCGCUUCAUCCUUAUUUGUGGCACUACCAUGACGUCUCUCGGGCUAUUUAUGCUGAGCUUGUGCACGAACUAUUGGCAGAUUCUCCUCGCGCAGGCGCUCUGUGUCGGAAUGGGCAGUGGGUUGCUGGGAUUGACUUGUGUGGCCGUGAUUCCUCUCUACUUCCGCGAAAGGAGAAUGAUAGCGACUGGCAUUGCUGCUACGGGAAGCAGUCUAGCGGGAAUUGUGUAUCCCAUCAUGGAGAGACGCCUGAUUGCAUCCAUUGGCUUUCCUUGGGCUGUUCGGGCGUUCGCAUUCAUCGUUACCGGAAGCCUCCUAAUUUGCAUUGCCAUCAUGCGUCUUCGACCCAAUCUCAAGCGGCGUGGUGCUCUCUUCCGCCUGAAGCACUUUCGCGAUGUUCCCUAUGUCUCAUUUUGCAUCGCCUUCGCCCUUAUGAUAGGCUCGGUUUACAUCCCCUUCUUCUACGUGGAUGCCUACGCCAUUCGUCUGGGCGUCGAUCAAGACACGUCCUUUUACAUCCUCAGCGCCAUGAACGCUGCAAGUCUCCUCGGUCGUCUAGCCCCCAACUGGCUUGCUGACAAGUACGGUGGUAUGACCGUCAUGCUUCCUUGCUGUCUUUGCUCGGCCACCGUCCUCUUUCUCUUCCGCUUUGCGACUGACCUGCCGGGUUUGGUCGCAAUAUCAAUCGUGUACGGCUUCGUCUCGGGCGGCAUGGUGUCUUUGCCUCCGGCUACUAUUGCGAAUUUGACGGACGAUUUGUCAGAGUAUGGGACGAGAAUGGGCAUGGGAUACACCAUCGCCAGCUUUGGCGCGUUGAUUGGGAACCCUAUUGGAGGUGCUGCGCAGCGUCCGCAAGGAAACACAGCGGCAGAUGUGCAGCGGGAGUUUCAGGGUACUUGGAUCUUUGCUGGGGGUUUCAUGCUCGCAGCUUUCAUUUCGAUGGUGAUAUCAAAGUACGUCAGAGUUGGAUCGGUCUUGCGUGGUAAAUGCUAGCCUUCA